AUGGACUCUUUGGACAUAUUAAAUGCAGAUCUGUUGACAAGAGCUCAUACGUGCCUUAACAAUCCCAUCCAUUCAGUUCACCUUACACCUUGGAAACUAUACUUUGAUGGAUCAAAGACUAAUAUAGCUUUUGGGGCACGGAUUGUUUUAGAAGAGCCACUAGGGAUCAGACAUUGUUAUUCUUUCCAGCUAGAUUUCCAAUGCACCAACAACAUGGCUGAAUAUGAGGCUUUAAUCAUUGGCCUUGAAAUGCUAGUGGAAUUAGGAACCCAAUCUGUGAAAAUUCUGGGAGGUUCUAUGCUUGUGUUAAAAGAGAUUGCUGAAGAAUACAAGUGUCUAAGUCCUUCUUUAACUAUCUAUCUAGUGGCAGCCAGAAACCUUCUAACAGAAUUCAGAGAAGCUACUUGGGAACACAUCCCAAGAGAAGAAAACUUUGCAGCCAAUGAAUUGGCUCAGGUAGCAACAGGAAUACAAAUGUCUGAGGACUGUGUACAAAGGAUCAUCAAGGUAGGAAAGAAAAGUCUACCAUCUGUUCUAACCAGAGGAAUAGAGAUAGAUGUCAAUUCUGCCAAAAUUACUGAAGAUGAUUGGAGAAGUCCCAUCAUAAAUUACUUGCAGUAUCAAAUCCUGCCUUCUAAGAAGAGAGUCAGAAUCAUGGCUUUGAACUACUUUAUGUGGAUUGGAGAUUUGGUCCGAAAAAGCAAAGAUGAGGUACUUCUGAGGUGCUUGGGGAAGAAAGAAUGCAUGAAGGUCAUGGGAGAAACCCAUGAAGGAAUCUGUGGUGCUCAUCAAGGAGGAAGAAAAAUGUGUUGGUUAAUUAAAAGGUAUGGCUACUUCUGGCCAACCAUGAUGAAAGAUCGCAUUGAGUAUUCCAAGAGAUGUGAGGCUUGUCAAAGGCAUGGCCCAAUCCAGCAGGCUCCUUCAAUUCCCAUGAAUCCAGUAGUAAAGCCAUGGCCAUUUAGAGGAUGGGCAAUUGAUCUCAUUGGCAAGAUUUAUCUAGCCAGUAGCAAGCAACAUUGUUUUAUCAUUGUAGCUACAUACUAUUUCACCAAAUGGGUGGAAGCCAAGCCUAUUAAAUCCACUACAUCUCAAGAGAUCAUCACCUGA